UGCAAACUACUACUAUUGAUUCAGUUAUCAAAAUGCUUCGUCCGAGAAAUUUCUUCAUCUCUUCAGCCUCCGCAUUCUUCCGUCACCGUCACGGCCACCUUCUUCCUUCACAGCAACGAUGGAUCUCCUCCACGUCGCAGCUCCAUUUCUCGUGGAUGGACAAGAUCAAAGGGGUCUUCACCGGCCAAAAGACUUCACCCGAUACCACCUCCACCUCUUCAGAGUCCUUCACUCUCCUCCGGUUUGCGGAUGAGUUGAGCAAAGCUAGGAAGGUAGGGGCAUUCAAGCAGUAUAUAGUGGGGCGAAGUAGUGAAGCUACUUUUUCAGACGCUUUUGAAAAGCAGGAAGCUAUAAUUCGUUAUCUAGGGGGUUUUGACGCUACUGGAGAGAAUCUCCUAACAAGCCAAAAGCAAGAGGCUGCAAAGCACUGUAAUUGCACAAUAGCAGAUGUUGAAAAUGCACUGGCAAAGUUUACAUGGGCUAAAGAAGCACAGAGAAAAAUUGAGAAGUUAAAGGAAGAGGGUAAACCAAUGCCGAAGAGUUUGGAUGAGGUCCAGAAGUUGAUGGGAUCAACCCCAAUGGAUGUUGCUCGGUCAAACUUGGCUAAGAGUGGGCAAAUAAGUAGGAAUGCACCUUGUCCUUGUGGGUCCAAAAAGUUAUACAAAAGGUGCUGCGGAAAGGAUGGGAAAAGUUUAGGUCAAACAAAGCUAUAAGUACAGAGAAUGCUUCUUAUAUGAAUUCUGGAUGGAGAUUUUGGAGAAAGGUAAACCUGAAGUUGAUCUUUGGUAAGAAUGAAGUAAAGAAGGUAUCUAGACUGGAUUUAUUAUUUCUUUUUCUGAUCAGAGUACGGAUGUACCUCAUAUUGGCUGAUCAGAUGAAGUUUUGUAAGUUGCAUCUUUAGAACAAAAGUGAAUUAAUCUUUCCACAGGAAGUGAAUAACGAAGUCCCUUAUCCUCCUCUUGUACUGUUCUAUUCUUCCCUCCUGAAAGACUGCAUUUUACUCCCUAGUGAAUACUUUUACCAAAUUUUUCG